AUGGUCUCCUUCGAGUGCGAUGUUGCAGAAAUCCUGUCGGCGAAGGAACGCCUCGCUCGCAACGAUGACAGUGACCCGGCGUACUACCUGUGCCGAAUUUUCGUGUUUUGUCAAUUCACGCACGAGCGAGGAGACUUUCUUUCUAGUGUCUUCGAGCUCGAAGCGAGGGUCUCCAGCAUCGGAAAUGGGUUGCUCGUUCGGUACGAAAAUUCGAUUCUCGUAGUCCUAGAAUCCUUUCCGAAGCAGAUUGAUAUCGCGUUACGACUGCUCGACGGCGGCGAUCAGAGUCUGUGGACUUCGCGCGUGUGUUCAUCGGAGGAAGGUGUGGAGAGAGUUUUUGAGGAUUUUCGAGUCAUACAAGAUGCCGGGGAGGAUGCAGGCUCGACCUCGUAUGAAAUCAAGCACUGCGACGAGAACGAGGUAACUUCUGCACUGAUUCGCAUCGUUCACGAAUUUCUCGCGAGCGAUUCGCCGCAAACAUCAAACGUAGAUAAAUGUUUGUCUCGCAUCUCAUUGGAUGGAGAGCAAUUUCUCUUCACGUGCAGAGAAUUUCUCGACGAGUUCGACAUUGAAACGCACGUUUGUCGCGCCGUCGAUUCGUCGGAGACGGCACAAAUAGAAAGCUUGCUCAUCGAAAGCGAUGAACUGCGAUCGGUCGGUGUAUAA